CGCACUAUAAAAGACAAUGACUAACACAUAAAGAUAACACUAAGUUAAACGUGAAUUUGAGGAAACGCCGUCUUCAAAAUGAUACUAACCAUACUUGGUGUACUUGCAGUGGCUUCUAUUUUAGAAGCAAACAUGGCCAUAAAUUUCCAAUAUUACUGUCGCCCGGAACUGGAUUGCAUGAAAAAGCCAGCCAAAUCGCAUGUUAUGUGCAGCUAUCCAACCAAUUGGACGUCUGGAUGUAAGAGUCCACGAUUUAUUCCGUUGACCGAUGCGCAUAAAAAGAUUUUUUUGGACGGUCACAAUGUGCGACGUAAUAUAAUCGCUCUAGGUAAAUUGCCCGGCAUUUUUGCCGGUAGAAAAGCUGUAGAUAUGGCAGAAAUUGUGUGGGAUGAUGAAUUGGAAAUGAUUGCACAAAAGAAUUUGAUAACAUGCGAAUUUGAGCACGACCAGUGUCGUCGAACGAAAAAAUAUAUUUGGGCCGGUCAAAAUUUGGCUCAGCGCUGUAAGCAGCCAUUCUUAACACCUGAAGAAGCCAUGGAAUGGGCCAACGAAGCAUGGUGGAAUGAGUAUAAAGAUGUCACAUUCAUCGAUAAGAGCAACAAUUACUCAAGCAUUAGUGCAUCCAAUCAAUAUGGUCAUUUUACGCAAAUGGCUCGUGAUAAAGCUUAUGCCAUGGGAUGUGCGGUCACUUCAACCGAAGACGAAUACUGUCACACGAUUGCUUGCAAUUACGCAGUUACCAAUUGGGGAUUGGAUCCAGUAUAUGCGACCGGGCCAGUACGAAGCAAAUGCAAAACGUUCAGUAAAAAAUAUCCGGGUCUUUGUAGUGACCGCGAAGAUUAUACGAAUUAUGUGAGAUUUGGCGUGUCAUUUUUCACCAAAGACAGUAGUCCGGUUCCGCCGCUGCAGCAAUGGAUUGCUAAUGGCCGUGUACUUAUAUCUGGGACUGAUGUUAAGCGUCCAAGUGCUAGUGUGAAGCGAAAAACAGUCAAACCGACCCCAGUUAGUAGUGUGCCAACUAUGAAAAGACAGAAGGUUAUGCCAACAAUGACGACCACUUCGGUUAGAGGACAGGUGCCAAGGGCUAAUUCAAUCGAAACCCAAAUGCCACGAAUUACCACUGUUAAGCGAUCAGUGCCAGUAACUACACGAGCCACCACCACAACUACCACCACAACUACCACCAUGCGACGACCACAAGUAGUCAGUUCGAAAGUGUCACUUGGCACAUUUCAAAUGAAUAAUUUGAAUGAUAUGGAUAGCAUGAUGGCCGAGGUGAAAAAGCGACUUGGGCAAAAUAUCAACACAAAUACCAUCAACACACAACUUUCACGUAUGAAUGUUCAGCUUGGCGACGGAUUCAAUGGGAUCGGCAACGGCAACGGCAAAGUGAGAAAAAUAAGAAUCUCUGGCAAUGCAAACCAAUUACCCGACUGGGCCAAAAAACACUUGCAAGCAGCUGGAGUUUAAUUUUUUUUCUUUUUUAUUAUUAUUUCAUGAAAUUCAAAAUAAAAGAUGAUAUCAAUUAGCAAAACAUA